AACGCAGCAGAGCAGUACGAGAGCAGCUCGAUCGAAGAGAUUGAUGAGCCUAGGCUUGAGCGAGUCUUCCGUACAAACAUAUUCUCUUACUUCUUCCUCACAAGGUAUGCGUUAAAACAUAUGAAGGAAGGAAGUAGCAUCAUCAACACCACAUCAGUGAACGCCUACAAGGGAAACGCUUCACUUCUGGACUACACUGCUACAAAAGGAGCCAUUGUGGCGUUUACUCGAGGUCUUGCACUUCAGCUUGCUGAGAAAGGAAUCCGUGUCAAUGGUGUGGCGCCUGGUCCGAUAUGGACUCCGCUUAUCCCAGCCUCCUUCAAUGAGGAGAAGAUUAAGAAUUUCGGGUCUGAGGUUCCGAUGAAACGAGCGGGUCAGCCAGUUGAGGUUGCGCCUUCGUAUGUUUUCUUGGCUUGUAACCACUGCUCUUCCUACUUCACCGGUCAAGUUCUCCACCCCAACGGAGGAGCUGUGGUGAAUGCAUAAGCGUGGAGCAGACACUACCGUCUCUAAACGUGAGGUCUUAAAUAUGGUGACAAAAGUUGUAGUGUUGUUUCGGGUUUAGUGACCUUUUGUUAAGUCAUGUAUAUGUUAGUAAUGUGUCGAGUACGACCUUUUGUCAGUAUGGUGGAACUAUCAAAAGUAUGUUGUAAUAAAGACUUCCACAUCGAGUACUUUGGGCCUUCUCCC